AUGUCUGACGCCGGACGCCAAUCUUUCACCGACAAGGCCGGCGCCGCCCUGAAACCCGACUCGCAGAAGACGACCACCGAGCAGUUCGGUGACUGGACCAAGGGCAAGAUGGACUCUGCCGGGUCCACCGUCCAGCCCAACUCGGAGAAGUCUACCUCGCAGCGGGUCGGAGAUACGGUCAGCGGCAACCAGAACGAGAACAGCGAAUCUUUGCUUCAGAAGGCUAAGAACGCUGUCGGCCUCGAUGGUUCGUCCACCAACUGA